UUUAUACGAUCAGUAGUAGGACUCCGGGCCGUUUCGCAGUCGAAAAUCUAACGGAUUUCUUUUUCCAUCGACGAACGUUAAAAAAAGAGGUUUAUUCGUUUUUCAGCUUUCGACACGGUCUCGGACUCCCAUCGCAGUUUCAACAAGCACAAUUCCUAGAGACAAGUGCUGCGCGAACACAAACGUAGUGAACAAAGAGGUUAAUCUAAGUAAAUUUGUCAUUGGUCAAGCAACGAAUUUUAUUCCUCUCGAGCUAAGGCUUCGCUGGUAGAAGUUGUGAAGAAAAUUUAGGUCCGCGCAAUAAAAAAUGCAAAUAUCGUGAAUAUCUUGAAAAAGAAGGACAUCAGACAAAAAAGAAGGACAGAAGGACAAACAUCAAAAAAGAAGGACAUGCCCUUCCAAAGAAGGACGUCUGGUCACCCUGAAAAUUCACCACCUGCAAUAUUCCUUCAAAAUGAAGAAGUUAGGAACGGAGUCAGUACCAGUGAAGCCAAUAAGAACAAUGCUGCUAACAACGAGGAUAAUAUCGAUGAAGGAGUUGAAAGAAAAACAACAGGAGGAAAAAGCAGAAAAAGAAAGCUCAGUGUCGAACCUCGGACACGUCACCCAUCGGGAUCAGGCGUAUCGGACACUGUAAGCUCACGUGGUCUUACCCCUCAGCCUAUUGGCAUCAAGUUACAGGACCGUAUCGAUACAAUGUUUUGCAUCAGGUACCCCUGAUAGUAUACUUAUGUUAUCGAACAACAUUUUUUUUUAAUUUUACAAUAAAUGAAAGAAGAAUUGAAAUACAAAUAUGUAUUAUUCUUCUUUAUUAUGUCAUUAUUAUUUGCAUACAGAAAAUUAAACAUAAUUCUGAAGAUCA